AUGAGAGAUUCAGUUUUUCAUUUCAUCUUCUUCUUCUCGGGAAUCAUUGAUUUUUUAACAUUUGGUAUCAGAGCCUAUUCCCGAAAAAAUUCCAUGGCUUCCGAGAAUUAUGUCCAGCCCUCAAUCCCUCGUUUUGAUGGUCAUCACUACGACCAUUGGAGUAUGUUGAUGGAGAAUUUUCUCCAGUCCAAAGAGUAUUGGACUGUUGUUGAAGCUGGAGUUCCAGAACUAGCGGCAGGUGCAAAUGAUGCACAGAGGGCAGAAAUUGAGAAGGAAAAAUUGAAGGAUCUCAAGGCUAACAACUAUUUGUUCCAAGCCAUAGAUCAGGCUAUCUUGGAAACAAUUCUUAACAAGUCUACUUCCAAGAAUAUUUGGGAUUCCAUGAAAAAGAAGUACCAGGGGAAUGAAAGAGCAAGGCGACAACAGCGCCAGGCUUUGCGGGCGGAAUUCGAAGUUCUACAGAUGCAAAUUGGUGAAUCUGUAGAUGAUUAUUUUGCAAGGAUGAUGGCUAUUGCAAACAAGAUGAGGAUCCAUGGUGAAAAUCUGGAGGAUGUUGCUAUAGUUGAGAAAAUCCUUCGGUCUAUGACAACAAAAUUCAAUUAUGUUGUUUGUUCAAUUGAGGGGUCAAAUGAUAUUGAGACACUUUCUCUUGAUGAGUUGCAGAACUCAUUGUUAAUUCAUGAGCGGAAGAUAAAUCGCCAAGACAAGCAAGAGCAAGCAAUGCAGAUUUCGCAGACACAAGCCUUGCAGACCACAGUUAAUUCAAGGGCUAUAGGUCGAGGAAAAGAAAACUGGAAAGGCAGACCAAGAUCUGGCAGACCGAAAUCUGACAGAUUGGAGGAAAAACACAAUGAGAAGAAUGACGAUUCCUCUCUAUUCAUGGUCUGUCAUCCUAAAGAAGUCAGCAAGAAGAAUGUGUGGUAUCUGGAUACUGGUUGCAGCAAUCACAUGUGUGGAGACAAAUCUGCAUUUUCAGAUUUGGAUGAGUCUUGUCAAGACAAGGUGAAAUUUGGUGAUAAUUCCACUAUUACAGUCAAGGGAAGGGGAAAGGUCAAGAUGAUGGGAAAUAGGUUGUUUCCAUUAUACUUGCAGACCACAAAUCUGUCAUGUUUAUCUGCCAGAUUAAAGGACACAGCUUGGUUAUGGCAUUGCCGAUUUGGACAUCUUUAUUUUGGUGGGUUGAAAGCUUUGCAACAGAAGAAGAUGGUAAAUGGUCUUCCUCAUUUUGAUUCUCCUUCAAAAAUUUGUGAAAUCUGCGUUGUCAGUAAACAGCAUCGUGACAGCUUUCCUAAAGAUAGAUCUUGGAGAGCAAAGCAAGUGCUAAAUCUGGUUCAUUCUGAUCUGUGUGGACCCAUACAUCCAAUGGAGAAUGGUGUAUGUGAGAGGAGGAAUCGCACAAUCAUGAAUAUGGUGCGAAGUCUGAUGUCAAAGAGCGGCUUGCCUAAGGAGUUUUGGCCAGAAGCUGUUAAUUGGAGUUUUCAUAUCUUGAACAGAUGUCCCACAUCUCCACUUCCAGAUUUGACGCCAGAAGAGGCUUGGGGUGGAUGUAGACCUGUUGUUGAUUACUUCAGAAUUUUUGGUGAUCAGUCCAAAGCUUACAGAUUAUACAAUCCUUUAACCAAGAAGGUCAUCAUUAGCCGUGAUGUAGUGUUUGAUGAAGCAAGCACUUGGUCUUGGACAAAAAAAUCUGGGCAACAAAUUCCUGCAGAUUUUGAAAAUGGAGAAGAUCUGACUAUGCAGAACUCAGAAGGUCAAACUUUAGCAGAUCUUGAGGUUUCAAGACAGACAGCUGAAGAAAUUCUGCCUACAGAAGUAGAGUUCAGUAUUGGAGGAAGUCUGCCAACAACACCAGAACUGGAAUCUGGAACUAGUUCCAAACCUCAAUGCAAAAAGAGAAGACCAGCAUGGUUGGAAGAUUAUGAGGUAACAAAUCUACCUCAAGAUGAUGUUCCAGUUAAUCAUUUUGCUUUAUUUGUAGAUUGUGAUCCAUUGACAUAUGAAGAAGCUAUUAAAGAAGAAAAGUGGCAAAAGGCCAUGACAAAGCUCAAAGAGAAUGGGGCGGUUGACAAAUUCAAAGCUCGCUUGGUGGCAAAGGGUUACAAGCAAGAGUUUGGCAUUGAUUAUCAAGAGGUUUUUGCUCCAGUUGCAAGGAUGGAUACCAUCAGAUUGGUGAUUGCAUUGGCAGCACAGAACUCAUGGCCGAUCUAUCAGCUUGAUGUGAAAUCUGCCUUAUUGCAUGGAAAUCUGCAAGAACAGAUGUUUAUUGAUCAACCUCCUGGUUAUGUGAAAUCUGGUGCUAAGCAUAAGGAAGUUUUGGAUAGAUUUCAAAUGAAGAACUGCAAUUCUGUCACUACACCAGUUGACAAAGGUGUAAAGCUCGUGAAAGAUCCAGGAGGCAGAUUUGUGGACAACAAACUGUAUAAGCAGAUUGUUGGAAGUCUGAUGUAUCUGACAGCAACAAAACCAGAUAUAAUGCAUGGUGUAAAUUUUGGACUAUUCUACAAGAAGGGUGACCAGACAGAUCUCGCAGGCUUUACAAAUAGUGAUUAUGCUAGAGAUCUGGAUGACAGAAAAAGCACUUCUGGGUUUGUUUUUAUGUUGGGAUCUGGUGCAAUUUCAUGGUCUUCAAAGAAGCAGCCCAUUGUGACUUUGUCCACAACAGAAGCGGAGUAUGUGGCAGCAACUUCUUGUGCUUGUCAAGCUAUUUGGUUGAGAAGAAUUAUGGAAGAACUUGAGUUGAAUCAACAUGAGGCCACUUCAAUUUAUUGUGAUAACAGUUCAGCUAUCAAGCUUUCUAAAAAUCCAGUUUUGCAUGGGAGAAGCAAGCAUAUACAUGUGAGCUUUCAUCUUCUUCCCCCUACUGUCUUAUCCUCUGGAGCCUUCGUGCCAGGCACUGGGUUCGUUCCGCCUAGCUCCAGCCAUCCAUUUCUUCUGGCUAGCAUCAAUAGGUUGACCCAGCGCAACCUGUUAAUGGCUGGAGCAUCUAAUUCUCCAAAGAAGGUAACGAUAUGGGUUUUGCGUGAUUUUGACUUUUAUGUAAUGGGUUGUCUCAUAGGUAUGGAGAGUGAUGAAGAGAUCCGGAGAGUGCCGGAGCUUGGCGGCAAAGUAGCUGGAGCCUCGGUAGCCGGUCGAGAUGGCAGUUCAUCCACCAUCGCCACCAUCACCUCCAUUCUUUCACCUCGGAUCUUCACCAUCCCCUUGUUGAGCAUCUCAUCAUCAUCACAGCCUCCACCUUCAUCACCGGUAAUCACCAAAGCAGAAGGGUUCGACAGCUACCAGAAAUGGGGAGAAGAUGAAGCAGAUCUAGCCGGUAAUCACGGAAGCAAAGCAUUCACUGAAUCUCCAACCCACCGACGACAGGUUGAGGAAGACGUUCGCGGCAUGCGGCGUGUGGCGUUCGUCGUUCUUGAUGAAGAAAGAGAACAGAAAUAGAUCUGCAAUCAGAAAUCCAUUGUUUUUUUUUUUUUUAGUUUGAACUUAGGUGUACCUGUCAUAUUU